CCACUAGUUGCCACAAGAAAGGCUAUACAUCGUCUUUCGAAUUGCUUUUAAGCCUGCAAGGUCGGACCCCCACCCACCCUCUCUGCAACUUCCUUCCCGACAUCUCUGCUUCCCUCACCGGCAGCUAACCGAUGCGACGAUCUUUCGAGUUUGCCGGAAGCUAUUACCGUUCCACGCCGGAGAUGUCUAGGGCAUCAAACGGCGAUCCCGGGCCAACUGAAACAAGAGAGAGGAUCAAUGAGCUGGAGCUGGGUCUGAGUCUCGGCGGUGGAGUAAGAAGGAUUAUUACGGCCGAGGAUUUCACCUCAAUGAAAUCAGGUGAUUCCCCCAUGUCGUCCAAUUCCUCUGUUUCUUCUUCUUCCAGCGGUUUGGGAGAUGAAGGGGAUGAAGGCGAUGGUGGAGGGAGCUGUAGGAGAGCGGAUGAGAUCGGUUGUAACGGGGAUCGAUCGGCCAACUUGGCGAGCCAUGGUCAAGUAGUGGGAUGGCCUCCUGUCAGAACAUGCAGAAGGAACAAUUUGGUUAAUGUAUCAAGAGUUGCUAAUUCUUAUGUAAAACCAUCCACUCACGGUGAAAUUUCUCAAAGUUGCAGCAGCAACGAUGGUAAGAACGAUGUUGGUGGUAGUGAUCGUAAAAGGAAAGCCAUUCCUAUUUGGAAAUCUCACUUUGUUAAGGUGACCAUGGAUGGAGAUCCCAUAGGAAGGAAAGUGGAUCUUCGUGCCUAUGUGUCUUAUGAAGAUCUUGCUUUAGCUCUUGAGGCCAUGUUUUGCAAGCCCGGUUUGUCGCUCAAUGUUUCUCGUUUUCGCAAGUCCGCAUUGUCGCUUAAUGCUUCUCGUAAUGGAAUGUUCUCCAAAUUGUUGGAUGGUUCUUCUGAGUUUGCUCUUAUAUACGAAGACGAGGAUGGCGAUUGGUUGCUAGUUGGAGAUGUUCCCUGGGGAAUGUUCUUGCGCACUGCCAGGCGGCUUAGAAUUAUGAAGACAAUGGAUUCCUUUGGCAUUGAUGAAUCAGUUAAAUGCAGAGCCCAAGCUAUUUCAACCGAUGCUCUCUAGCGUUCCAUUUUGAGAAUUGCAGUUUCAACCAUUGGUGAGAAUUGCAAUUUUUUCCUUUUUGGUUUCAGUUGAUCAUUGUAAAAUUUUCAUCGUUACAGGAUUCUUAGAAAAUGUGAGCUGUGUGUGUGACUCUUAUUUCAUUUUUCUAAGGUGCGAUUGAUCUGCUAUUUUUCACUUUC